AUGGUUAACAAGUGGAGUGACCCAAACUGGAAGAGCACCACUGAUAAGAACAAAGCGAAUCGUGAGAAGUGUAAGCUCACUGCUCCUGCUAUUUUCUUGUGUUUGCAUAUCAAGAAGACGGGGAAAGAACCAGAUCCUAUAGUGACAUUCAAGAAGUUCCAUGUGAAGAAGGCCAAUGGUGAAUUCACCACCCCAAAAGCUCAGACCAUACAUGCUGAAAUGAAGAACAAGGAAGCUGAGAAGUUGAGUCAAGGGGAAAAGGUGAACUAG